AGUACACGAUUGAAGCCUUAUUUUAGUACAUCACAGCUGACUCAUAGAAAAUAAUUAUAGUUUGUUUUUGUGUUGAAAUUUUCUCAAUAAAUUCGCAAUUAUCUUGCGAAAAAGUGUUCAAAAAUGAAUAUGAAUAUUUAUAUGUCGGAAGUAUCACAGCUUCUAAGCUACAUGAGUUCGGAUGAGCUAAAAAAUUUACUGAACAAUGACGAUCAAAUCGAAGAACGAGUGAAUGAUGCUACAAAGAGUCUUGAAAAGGAAAAGGAGGAGAUUAUGCUGGAGAACCGCAUAAAGGCGGAGGAGAACCUGGCCAGGGAGCCACAACUGAUAGAGCUGAGAGGGCGUGUGAAUGAUCUGUCGCAGGAAGGAAAAGCCCUGUACGAGGCUGUGGAGCAGAAGCUCAAUGAAAUAAAAACCAAAUCAGGGAGCAUGUCGCAAGAUACAGCUCUUGCUCUGCUUCAGACAGCUGCGGCAGAGAGUGAGGAGGAAUCAGAGAAUAUUGUCAAACAAUUCAUGGAGAACGAGAUUAAUGUGGACACAUUCUUGGAUUCUUUCCAUACCGCCAGGAAGACGAUGCAUCUGAGAAAAUUGAAAGCAGAUAAGAUGUCUGAGUUAAUGAGAAGUAGUGGUCCAAAUCCUGGAGGAUUUGGACAUCCAGGAUACCCGGUAUCGGGUUCUGUGCCAUAUCCCACGGGCCCCAUGGCUAUGCCGAUGCCAGGCUUCAGACCUUUCUGAGCACGAUUCCUCUGCCUUUGAAAUCCAACGUUUUUUUUUAGGAAUAAUAAGCUAAUCUCUAUUAACAAGAUAUUUACAUCAAUUUA